AUGUUCCAGUUUGUGACCGCGGCUCAUCCGGGGGGCACUAAAGGGAAGGAAGAGCAAGGCUUGAUCAGAAGACAUGCGAUACGCGUUGGCAUCCAGCGUAAGAGAGAGGCAAACGCGCAAAAAAACCGAAAUUUCCUCCCGGUUGAAAUCGACAUUAAGACAGGCCGCCCAGUAAAGAGAAAGCAGGCUGCUUGUGCAACGGCUCUUACGAAGCCGAUAGCCGUGAGCCGCUUAGAUCCGUUCGACUCGCUACCCGGGAACGGAGAGCGGCUGCGCACGCUGAUGCGGCAAAAAUCGGCGAAGCAUGCGGGCGAGCCGGUGUUUUGCGUUGGAGAAGCCGGCAAGAUAUUCUUCCAAGGAAUGGACACGAUCUUCCGAAGCGCCUUGUCCGACCCCACACUUUUCCAUGCGCUCUCGCUCAUUCUAGCUUUGGCGGCGAAUAGAGACGUUCCAAAUGUAGAGUGUCUCAGGCACCGUGGAGCAGUGCUCAAGAAUUUGAGAGCGCGAAUGAGCGAUCAAGCGCUAGUGCCGCAAGUUUCGACGCUCUCAGCUAUGCUUCUGCUGAUCGGUUAUGAGUACCGUGUCGACGGGUCCAAUGCGAAUAGCAUCGCGAUUCACAUUCGCGCAGUUAACGACGUGGUCAAUCUGACGAAAGCAUCCAACGUCGCCAUUUCCGAGGUAAUAGGGCGAGCUCUAUUCUGGCAAGACGUGUAUAGCUGUCUGUUCGUCGGUACGACUCGUCUGCUGUCGCACAGGGAAUAUGCCGGAUUCCGUUGCAUACGAGACCCCGGGCUUUCUUUAACAUAUAUACUCCCAUCAGGGUUUUUGCCGAUUGUACCCAGCCUUCCUUCCGAGUUCGGUGUCCUGCUCGAGGAUCUCAGUGCGCUCUGUUCCUUCGUCGAUACUCGUUUUGGACCCAGCGCCGUGCCUAUCCACGAGUUUCCGAUCGAUGAUUUCCAGGCUUGCAUUGAAUCUCGAAUUGUUGAUCUUUUGAGUGAGUCAAGGUCCUCCAAGGAAGCCAACCCAAUCUACCAAGCGUGCCUCUUCGCGGCGUUCCUGUGCACGUACAAAUUAUCGACCGGUAUAUGGGAGGGCUGCUUCAUUCCCGAGUUCUGCGCUACCCAGGCACUAGAGCUUGUUUCGAGCACAAAAGAUGACCCGAUAUGGGGAAACAAUAGGGAACUCCUGUUAUGGCUGCUCUUCGUGUGCGGAGCUCUCGCCGAAAGACGUCCGAUUAGACUCCGAGCGAUGGUAAUGAUCCAGAGCCUCUUUCGGGACCAAGUCGAAGGAGUGCACGAAGAGUGGAUCAGAUUGGAGGGAAGGCUUAGGACGUUCAUCUGGUCGCAACAUGCUAUGGAGCGGAGAUAUCGGUGGUUCUGGGAAGAGAUGUACCCGGAAAAGCGGGUGAGCAAGGUUGAGGCUCUCUAUCACGAUGUUGCAAUGCGACAUGCUCCCUGA